AUGUUUAAGUGUGGACGACCUAAAAUGCUUGUUUGUCGGAUUGAAAAACAAAUCAAUCUGCUUUCUCGUCUUCAUUCAAGUGCAAAUUUUACAGAUGAAUCUUCAGAUUCAACUCAGCAACUCUACUUAGAUGGGGUAAUAUCGACAUCAGUCGUCACAACAGCAUCAAAUGGUUUUUCAGAUUUGUUGAGUGAAGAAAAUGAUGCAGGAUCACGAAAUAAAAUCUUCCACUGUAUGCGUGAGAUUCCAUCAUCAUCAUUUUCCUCACAUUGGUUUUAUCUAAACGCUUCUAGCAAAACCAGUUAA